AUGAACUCGACAGCGGCACCAGAGGUGGAAUUCAAAGUGAAAAACACGGCUCGGAUCAUCACAUUGAACAGACCUCAGAAGCUCAAUGCCCUCAGUACGAACAUGUGUGAGGAGAUUGUUGCGCGAAUGGUCGAAUUCUCCAGAUCCAACUCCAACAACAUGAUCAUCCUCAACUCCAAGUCUGACAAGGCUUUCUGUUCUGGAGGCGACGUUGUUCAAUGUGCCAAAUACAACUUGAACAAGGAGCCAUUGAAAUCGGUCGAAUUCUUUGAGAAAGAGUAUAGCCUCAACUAUUUGCUCUCCGUGUACAACAAGCCUGUGGUGUCUUUGGUCAAAGGCAUCGUUAUGGGAGGAGGAGUCGGACUGUCUGUUCACGGCCCAUUCAGAGUUGUUUGCGAAAACACCAGAUUUGCCAUGCCAGAAACCAAUAUUGGCUUCUUUAGUGAUGUGGGAACCUCAUUCUGGUUACCAAAACUGGACGGAAAUUUGGGAUACUACCUUUCGUUGACCGGAGACGAGCUUUUUGGAAUUGACACGCUGAUUGCCGGCUACGGUACCCACUAUGUUCCUGCUCACAGACACGAGGAACUUCUCGAGAGGCUGACUACGUUGGAGCUUCCAGAACUUGCAGAAGACGAAAAACGCAAUGUUUUUGCCAACCAAGACUUUUACAAGUUAAUCAGCGAAGCCAUUGAGGAGUUUACCGUUCAAAUCCCAUCGCAACACCAGUUCAAGUAUACUGCUGAAGAACUGGAUACGAUUGAGUCCUGCUUUGACCCUCAAGCUCACAAGUCUGUGGAAGAGGUGAUUGAGGCCCUUGUCAACGACGGUAGUGAAUUUGCACUGAAUACUGUCGAAAAACUCAAGACCAAAUCGAAAAUCUCGCUCAAAUUGACGUGGAACAUGCUAGUUGCGAACAGCCAAGCCACCAUCCAUGACGCGCUUACCAACGAGCUUAAGACUGCAUCUAAAAUGAUGCUUGAUUACAGACCUAACGAUUUCAACGAGUACAUCUUGAAGAACCUUAUCAACAGAAAGUCCGAAAAUCCAGAGGAUAGAGAGGUGAAGCCAAAAUUCGCAUCUGUUAAUGAUGUCCCAAAUAAGCUGGUCCAAGGACUACUUUCUUUGGAUGCAUUUGAGCCUCAAGAGGACACUGCGCUACCUGUGGAGGAGACUAUCGAAGCACUUGAAGCCGUCAAGGUGUCCAAAUUCCCUGAAUGUCCGGACUUGAUUCCUAACUAUGCCGAAUAUCCAUGGCAGAUGGGACUCCCUACUCAAGCUGAGAUUGAAAAAUACGUUAAAGGCGAGGACGGUUCCAACAGAAAGUACUCUGUCACGGGCAAGGAAGCGGGCAAAUACUUCUUGCACAGAUAUGGACACAGAAAUGGCGUGCUCUACAAGGUAAAGCAUGUUCUGGACAGAAAAACCAAGCCGAACGAGUAUGGUAGCGAAUACCUGGAGUGGAAAUAA